UCUACCGCAUUAUACAUAAUACAUACAGGCAGGUACAAUCAUGCAAUAACUAGCGAAUCUUGCCAUCACAGGCACGGAAGCGCAGCCGCACAGAUGACCCGCCGCUCCAACGAUAGUACGGAAGUCCUGCGACCAGACAAAGAUCGGGACACGUCACUCUGCAUGCAGUCUGCUGAAGCCUCUCUCUCUGCUUGCUCCGACUGUCGAUUUGUAAGCAGUAAACUCAGCGAAUUCUUUGAGAAAACUAUGUGGUAAGAUUCGACGAGACUGGCUUCACAGCAUCCAUUGCUUUGGAUGGGAUUCAAGCAUGCCUUUUGGGAUGGACGAUUAUCAACUGACCGACGAUGAUGUUCCAGAUGGCUGGUAUGAAAAUGACCUUCAUCUGGCAGCAGAGCUGGGCAAGACACUCCUUGACAGGAACAAAGACCUGGAGGCAAGCCUGCUAGAUACACAGCAGCAAAAUGAAGAGCAAGUCAUGCAGAUCGUGUACCUGGAGAAGCAGCUUCACAUCCUUCGUGAUGUCACAGAGUCCAAAUCCCACAUCUAUGAGCAGCUUGAUAUCAGUUCCCAGGAGCUGGACGCAGAGAACCAGCAGCUUAAACAUGACCUCAAGACUGCACAGCAGAGGGUUCUCAGGAUGACUGAAACGGUUGAAAAUCUAGAACUCCAAGUUCAUGACCAGGGAUCUACGAUAGAGCAGCUGAGGACAGCAGACCGAGAGCGCUUGAGAGAGCGGAGACGACUGGAGCGGGUUCAUGAUGCUAUGGUCACUAACGGCUGGGGAGGUCUCCCUCUAAGAAGAGCUCACAGCUAUGACUUGGGGAAACCAUCUGUUGACAGCCUGUAUGAAGAGGAGUUGAGUAAUCUGCAGCUUAGUAAUCGCAAUCUGAAGCAAGAACUCGCCCUGAAAGAACAGAAGAAGGACGAGCUCGAGUCGGAACUUGCCGUUCUUGUUCGUGAGAACAAAGCCUUUGAAAAUCGUAACCGCGAGCUACAGGUGAAAUCAAGGAUGUUUGAAAUCAAGCGAGAUUAUCGUUCACUGGACAACCUGAAUGAAACUGUCUGCAAGUACUGUGAUAGUGUUAUGACUUUAGGCAGUGAUGAGAAAUCGGAUGACUCGGAGAAGAUGAGUGAGUCAAAGAAUGAUAGGGAACUGAAGCGUUGUAGUAGUCUAGAUUUGAGACCGAUAGCCGAGGAGCUGAGCCAAGAACCCAAGUAUCCUCUGCCUAACCAUGACCUGGUUCAAUCGGAUGGUGUGUCACUCCUGGGUGAGAUUGAUGCCCAGUACCAUAACCUCAUGGACAAGUAUACCACUCUGCUGACGCGCAGUCGCAGUGCCUCCUUCCAUGAGUCCUCCAGCAAACCAAGAACCAACAGCCUCCGACGUAAGGCAGAUUCAGCAUCAUCCCAGGACGGAGGUGACUUGAGCUCUUCACCCACCAAGGCUUCCAGCAUGAGCCUUCCUGGCUCUUGCCCUCCUUCUUCCACCUCAUCUUCCACGUCAUCAAAGCAAGAAACUCCCCCUUGUCCGGUGGACAACCAUUUUGAAACGGGACCACCCGAGUACAAAGCACUCUUUAAAAGGAUAUAUGAGGUUUUGCACAGACCCCUUAAAAAGACAAAGUCAAAGUCUAAGCUUGAAAAGUCAUGAACGAACAGGCUGUCCAAUAUAUCGUUAUAAUAAAAAGCAGUAUUAAACAAGAUGAGAGAACGAUAUUAAGAAAGAGAACUUGGAAAAUUCAUUGUAAUUGAAAGUUGUACAUGUACUCUGAUUGUUUUGUAACAAGAGAUGGUAGUUGAUUAAUUUUACAUUAAAUUAUUGUUACGAUAAUUAUUUCUCUACUUUUAUACUUUCCCUAAAGCCUGUAGCCUGAUAUCAAGCUUAUUUUACGGUGUCAGGAUUCAAUGCUCCUGAGAGAAUUAAGUUGCUGUUGUACCUGGUCACUACACUAGCCAUUCCUCAACGGAGCAUUCCAUGUUGGGUGUAUCCGGUCAGGCAAAUAUCGUGGAGCUUUUCCACUCUGAAAUUCCGCUAAUAAUUUGUGUUUGUUAGUUCAGCUUAUCCAUUGACUGUCACUUUCCCUCCUGAAACCACCUUGUAAAUAAAUAAGAUCAGGCUAUAAGCUUUACGGAAACUUUUGUAGUUUGAUAUAUACCGAUACAUAUGUAUCGGUACAAUUAUUACAAGGGAUUAUUUGUAAUUGUAUUGAAGAGUGUUUUUACUCCAUCCUAUUGCUGUCCCAUUUUCCAUCAAUCUUGCCAAAGUCCAGUACCAAAUUACUCAGAAGUGCAAAGGAUUAUUACGAAUAAUAGAAAAAGGAAAGAAUUCAUUCAGCUGAAUAGGCAAUAGGAAAUUGAACUAAAUUCUGUAAAAAGAAGAGCAACUUUCAUAUUUUCGAAUAUCUUUGUGGAGGAAGUGUGUUUUUAUGUUUUUCUGCAUUCCAUAUGACUCAGUUUUUGCCUUCAGUGUAAUAAUUCUUUGUUUGCAGUGUAUGCCUUCAACGUCAGAUAAGUAUUAGAAUAUUAGUUGUGCUAGAUUACUGUACAUGUAUAAAUUGUAACACAUUUCUGUUGGAUUUAGUGAUGAAGUUGAUGUCAGCCUUGUCAGGGUCUCACAUAUUUAGGUAUGGGCACCUUGACUCCAUCUUUCAUGUCAUCUCCUUGUAUGUGUAGUAAACCUGUAAUGUCAUUCCCAUCAAGAAAUCAGGGUAUAUGUUAGACAGAGUUUUUAAGUGUAAUCAAGUUUGCGUGUGUUGCUGCUGUAUUUCCAGCAUUGAUCCGUAGUUGAGUUCUGAGUUUAGGGGUAUUCAAUAUAUCGGUCACAAUCUUAAUCUUGAUCUUGAGAGGACCAAGAUUUCAUGCUUAUCAAUUGGCAGAAGCUUAAAGGUCUACCUGGGACCCGUUUCACAAAACCUUUUUUCAAUGACAAAUGACAAAAAUUAGUGACAAAUCUGCUGAUAACCAAUCAAAAAGGAUUCAGUAGCUUAUAACAAAAACUGUCAUUUGUCACUGAUGACAAGUUUUGUGAAAUGCCCCCUCCCCCCAUGUCUUUGUAAGUUUCAGGUCUUGACCAUAAGCACUGCUGUCAAACUGUACUGUACUUUUAAUCAAGCAACACAUUAUUUGUUUUUCACAGCGAAAAGCAUUUGUAUGCUUGACACUGGUAGCUCUAGGAUAGCCAUUUGAGCACAAAGUUAAAUACAGCACAAAAAAAGCAACAGGGGCAUAUUUAUUUAACCCUUAGAAAAGAACAAGGUUUUUAGACAGCUAUCACAAAAAAUGUUUUGUUUUAAUUCUUAUUUCAUAUUUAUACAAAAGUAUUCCAUACUGUCAAACUUUACAAGUCAUCAGUCAUUUUGAAUUUUAAGAAGGGUGAUGGUCUUUCUGGUAGUAGAAAGUGUACCGUAUUUAAAUUUGGAUGGUUCGAAAAUGUAACACCUGCCAGGGUAGUUGUAAAAAGGAACUGGUAGUUCACUAUUCUGACAGUAUUUCUAUGCUUUAUAUGUAAGUUCUUCAUAUCCAAAUCACAUUGGCGAUACAAUUGUAAGUGUAUAAAAGGUUCAGUUUUCCAUAAAUGUAAAAAGUAUCUUCAAAAUUGCAAUAGCCCCUUUAUUAUGUACUGUGAGUACUGAGAAGAGGCAGAAUUUAAUCUCAUUAACUAUUAAAGCUACCAUAUGAUAGUAGGCCUACACCUACAGUGUGUAGCAAUAUAAGUGAUGACCAUUGAUAUUCAGAUUUGAUUCUUCUAUGUUUGGCUGAUGUUUCUCUUUGAUAAAAGAAUUAUUGACAUUUAUCCUAUGAUUUAUAGUUUCUUACCAGUGGUAGUCAUAAGAGCUCCUAUGGUAUUGGUAGCUCAUCUUUUCAUGGUAUUGUCUAUAAACUGCCGUUUCCUGUUGGAAACCUGUUUAAGAGGAUUUCCUGUUUAUGAAUUCAUUUACACAUUACUGCGUAAAUGUAGCACUUUACAGUGCCAUAGCUAGUAGAGUAAUAAUAAUAAUAGUCUUUUAAAGUCCACUCCAAAUUUUAUUAAGUUAAACCGAAAAUGGAAAUUCUUUUUGCCCCAUUGAUCGUGAGCCCGGCAGCUCGACGUUGCUCUAUCCCUUAUUGUAACGUCUUUUGGUAUGACGCGGCCAGGGUUCGAACCCACGACCUCCCGGUUGUGAGGCGGAUGCUCUACUGACUGAGCCAUCACCCUGAUGUAAAAGUAGUUGCAUCAGUGGAAGUUGUUCUUGUCACAAAGUUUCAAACCUGUUGCUGUUCCAUAUUUAAAACCCUCAGUGACCCCCUUGGUCUAAAGUAGUUCUUUCAAUUCACUAUGUAAAGUGCUUGCUGAACUAUCAUGAUUAAUCUUGCAGCUCUAGUUUAAUCUAUAAUAUAUUCUUGAAUGCAACUCUUAGAUAUAGUUUUCCUUUCAAUGCGCUGUCUCCUGAGGCAGGAAUAAAUGAUCUUACUUUAAAAAAUACUCUUUAGAUCAUCUCAUUUGAUAAUUGCCAAAGCAAUAUCUAGGUAGAUAAUUAGGUAGGAUGUUUGUAUGUUACAUUAUAGAGUAAAUGUAUUUAAUUCAACUUUUCUAAUUCGUAUUAGAUUUUUACAAUUAAGAUGCCCAUAAAUUGGACUUGGGUAAAAUUAUGUUUAGCUGACAAUUUUCCUGAAUGAAUCUAUGAUCCAUGAAUUAACAGUUUGUCAUAACAGUAGUCAUUUUGUAUUCCAUUAAAUGUGUGAUUAUAGAGCAUUUGAUGUGUUUUUAGAAAUUGUCACAGUAUCUUUAUCUUGCCUACAUUAUUGAUGUGAUAACUUACAUGAAUUAUAUUAUCUGAUGCUUAUUUUCAUUUUAAUUUAAGGGAAGAUGAGAUUUUUUUUGCAUGAUUGCAUAGCAGACAUAUACAAAAGUCCCACAAAUUCCAUGUAUAAAAAGCAGCUACCGGUACUCCAAAUAUAUUCAAAUGCGUAAUAUAUUGAUUGUAUCAAGUAUAUUAUAAUUACUAACAAAAUGUUUGGAAAACUCAAUGGGUGGUAUUUUAAUGCAUGUAUUAAUCAUUUAUCUUAAAUUUAUUUCACAACAUCUGUAAAUGGAAGAAAUGCAUGCAUGUUCAGUUUUUUUUUAAAAUAGAGAUUUGCAUCGAUGGCCGUUAUAGGUUAAUGGCAUUAACAUAAUGAAUUGAACAAAAAUAUAACGAAAUAUAUUGUGCAUGAUAUUUUCUUUACAAGAAAAAAAGAUAUGCCCUGUAUGUGUUGAGUGGACUUUGAUAAAAACAUGAGACGACAAGAAACCUGAAAAACAUUUCAUGUGUAUGAUGUUCCCGGAGAUCCCAUGAGACCAACAAUAUCGGUCCGGUGAAUACUUAGAUUUCAGAAGGUCGUUGAGACAGAAAUUGUCGGUUCACAUGGGCUGUCAGUCUAGUCGGCUCUCAGUCUGAUAGACCGUCUGUCUUGUCGGUUGUAGCUGAUGUUUGUACUUCAUAGGGCAAUGAUUUGAGGAUUUGUAUUAUUAUAAUAUUGUAUUCCAUUAUUAUUAUUCAAUGAAGUACUUAUGUUUUCACAGUUUUUUAAUGAUUUUAAUACUUUUCUUUAAUAAUUAAGUUAUGUUACUAUGUAUUUUACUCCUGACUUUAUAAUUCAGGCUGAAAUUUGCCCAAAAAUGUAUUAUUUUACUUUAUAUCUACAAUUCCUACUGGAACUCUACUGAUUUGCUGAAGUUCAUACCAGUUUUUGGUGAUAUGUGAUAACGUACCAAUCACAAGAAAGCUGAGGAAAAAUAGUUUGUAUUAUGAGUAUGUAAAUUAUGUAUGAUUGUCUUAUUCAGAGUUGCAAAAUUUCUUCCAGAAAGGUUUUAUCACAAAUUUGCCAAAUUCGCUGCGUGUUUGAAUUAGUUACAGUGGUUUUAAUUGUGUGUGUGAGUGCAAUGUAUUUGACUGUACAGCUUAAAAAUGAAAAGAAACUCAAGUUUUUAAUGUUCUUGGUGCUGAAUUGAUGUGUUUCCAUGUUUCUUAAUAUGAUACUUGUGCCUACAAGAAUAAGUGUAACUUUUUACUUCCUAUUAUGCAUGUAUUUCAGUGUGAGUUAUUUUAUUUGUGUCUUUGAAAGAGCAGCAACUGCAAGGCUCCUUUUCUGUAAAUGUAAUUUUGUCUGAUUGAGUGGUUAAGUUUCUAAAAGUAAUUUGUUUUGUUCAGCAUUAUCUUUAACUCAAAUGUUUAAAUUCUUUAUAUUAUUUAUACAACAUAGAUCUACAUAUUGUAAUUAUAAAAGGCGUUGAAUAUAUAUUAAAAAUCAUGUAUAAUGUUUUAGAUAUUGGAAAUUAAAUUCUAAUCUAAGCAGUUUUUAAAUGGUAGUAAAUCAACUUGAUGGUUAAGGUCACAUGAGUCAAAAUUUAACUCUGUAGAACUCCCAAUAUUUACAGAAGACUGAAUAUGUCUUCUAAUGUUUUUCACCCCCUCCUCUAUUUCAUGCUGUAAGAAAAUCUUUGUGUUUUAGCACUAUGGCGUAAUUGGCUUUAUUGUCAUAGACUACCAUUCAUUUUUUAAUUUGAAUGGAGUUGAGGGCAGUUGGGGCAAAAUAGUAAAUUCAAUAUUUUAACAAUCCGGUGCAUUCCUGGUAACCCAGCCGACAAAUAUUAAUGAAGGUCAUUUCGGCAUUUGCCACAUGAUGAGCUUGGUGUAUUGGUAUUUUAGAUAGACAGAAAGAUUGACACCAUUAGAAACAUUAGCAAUGAAGCACUAUAAAUUGGUAACAAUUUCAAUACCCUCACUUCAAAUUUAAGCAUUCAAGCUGCAAAUAGUUGAUGUCUUUUUGCAUGUAUGGGACUCAAUCUUGCAAUAAAUAUACAUUGAUGGCUUAAAAAAUUGGAAAGAAAAUAAUAAAGUGAUGCAUUCUUACCUAUCAAUA